GCAUUUCUUCUCUGUGCUCGCGGCCACACGCAGCUCAGCCUGGACUGCACGGCCAGGUGUCAGGUGCGUCUCUGCUGACCUGAGCCGGCCUGCAGCAUGGACCUGCAUCUUCCCUGAAGCAUCUCCAGGGCUGGAGAGAUGACAGCUACGCACCGAGGGCUCAUCCAUCCGCAGAGCAGGGCAAUGGGAGGAGACGCCAUGACCCCCAUCCUCAUGGUCCUGAUCUGUGUCGGGCUGAGUCUGGGCCCCAGGACCCACGUGCAGGCAGGGACCCUCCCCAAGCCCACCCUCUGGGCUGAGCCAGGCUCUGUGAUCACCCAGGGGAGUCCCGUGACCCUUAGGUGUCAGGGGAGCCUGGAGACCCAGGAGUACCAUCUAUAUCGAGAAAAAAAAGCAGCAUCCUGGAUUAGGCAGAUCCCACAGGAGCUUGUGAAGAAGGGCCAGUUCCCCAUCCAGUCCAUCGCUUGGGAACACACAGGGCAGUAUCGCUGUCAGUAUCAUGGACACACUCACUGGUCAGAGCUCAGUGACCCCUUGGAGCUGGUGGUGACAGGAUCCUACAGCAAACCCACCCUCUCAGCCCUGCCCAGCCCUGUGGUGACCCCAGGAGAAAACGUGACCCUCCAGUGUGGCUCACAGGUGGCAUUUGAUGGCUUCAAUCUGUGUAAGGAAGGAGAAGAUGAACACCAGGCCCGUACCUGUGAGUCAUCCUGGGCCGUCUUCUCCGUGGGCCCCAUGAGCCCCAGUCGCAGGUGGACGUACAGGUGCUAUGGUUAUAACUCUCACUCUCCCUAUGUGUGGUCUUCACCCAGUGAUCUCCUGGAGCUCCUGGUCCCAGGUGUCUCUAAGAAGCCAUCACUCUCAGUGCAGCCGGGUCCUGUCGUGGCCCCUGGGGAGACCCUGACCCUCCAGUGUGGCUCUGAUGUCGGCUAUGAUAGGUUCGCUCUGUACAAGGAUUGGGGAACUGACCUGCUCCAGCGACCUGGCCGGCAGCUCCAGGCCGGGCUCUCCCAGGCCAACUUCACCCUGAGCCCUGUGAGCCGCUCCCACGGGGGCCAGUACAGAUGCUCCGGUGCCCACAACCUCUCUUCCGAGUGGUCGGCCCCCAGUGACCCCCUGGACAUCAUGAUCGCAGGACAGAUCCCUGACACACCCUCCCUCUCAGUGCAGCCGGGCCCCACUGUGGCCUCAGGAGAGAAUGUGACCCUGCUGUGUCAGUCACAGGGGUGGAUGGACACUUUCCUUCUGACCAAGGAGGGAGCAGCUGAUGCCCCGCUUCGUCUAAGAUCAAAGUACCAAUCUGAUAAGUACCAGGCUGAAUUCCCCAUGAGUCCUGUGACCUCAGCCCAUGCGGGGAACUACAGGUGCUAUGGCUCACGUAGCUCCAACCCCUACCUGCUGUCUAACCACAGUGAGCCCCUGGAGCUCGUGGUCUCAGGACCCUCCAGGGGACCCAGCCCCCCAUCCAGCAGUCCCACCCCCACAUCUGGCCCUGGGGACCCGCUUGUCACUCCCCCGGAUUCAGAUCCCCAAAGUGGUCUGGGAAAGCACCUGGGGGUUGUGACCGGGGUCUCAGUGGCCCUUGUCCUGCUGCUCUUCCUCCUCCUCCUCUUCCUCGUCCUCCGAUGUCGACGUCAGGGCAAACACUGGACAUCUGCCCAGAGAGAGGCUGAUUUCCAACAUCCUGCAGGGGCUGCGGAGCCAGAACCCACAGGCAGAGGCCUGCAGAGGAGGUCCAGCCCAGCUGCUGACACCCAGGAAGAAACCCUCUAUGCUGUCGUGAAGGGCACACAGCCUGAGGACGAGGUGGAGCUGGACACUCAGCGCAGCCCACAUGAUGAAGACCCCCAUGCAGUGACCUAUGCUAAGGUGAAUCACUCCAGACCUAGGAGAGAAAUGGCCUCCCCUCUUUCCCCUGUCUGGGGAAUUCCUGAACACAAGGACACACAAGCAGAAAAGGACACGCAGGACAGGCAGGCUGCUGCAUCUGAAACCCCCAAGGAUGUGACCUACGCCCAGCUGCACAGAUUGACCCUUAAACGGGAGGCAACUGAGUCUCCUUCGUCCCAAGCAGGGGAACCUCCAGCUGAGCACAGCAUCUACGCCACUCUGGCCGUCCACUAGUCCAGGGAGGACCCAGACUCUACACACCAUGAAGACUCAGGACCCCAGAAGGCAUGGAAGCUGCCCCCAGUGGGCACCAUUGAAUCCCAGCCAGCCUGAACCCCUAACAUAGACCACCAGAAGAUUCUGGGA